AUGGAGCAUUCACAAGAAUUUGAGAUAGAAAAUACGCACAAACCAAAAAUUUUUAUUACUACAACAGGAAUUUCAGAAGAAGAAAAAAAUUUAAUAAAAAAAUUACUGCCGCAAAAUAUAAUUUUAGAGGACGAAUUAACGACAUUAACUACUUAUUUGAUAAGUUAUAAAUCUUUUAUUAGUGAUAAGUUUAUACAAGCAAUGAUAUGGAAUAUAAAGUUAAUUAAAAUAGACUGGUUAUAUAAUAUAGAUACCAAUCCUAAUAUAUACAUAUUAAGACCAUUAGAAGGAAUAGAAUUUACAUCAAAUGAAAUAACAAAUGACAUAUUUAUAAAUUAUUACAUAUUGAUGGGUGCAAUAUACAACGAAAAUCUUACAAUUUCUACUGGCUUUCUUAUUUCUAAUAUAAAAGAAGGAGAAAAAAUAGAUUUUUGUACUAAACAUUCUAUACCAGUUAUAAAUACAGAAAAUAUUUUUAAAAACAAUUAUAAACUAUUACAACGACCAUUUACAAUUCGAGCUUUUAAGAUCGAUUGUGAAAAAGUUUUUAAUGAUAAGUGUUUUUAUAUUGAUCCAAAUUUUCAUAAAAAUCUAUUUAACUUGUUAAAAAGAUUAAUUAUAGAACAUGGAGGAAGUAGAGUAUCUUUAAUAGAUAAAAAUGUUGAUUACAUUUUGACUUCUAGUUCUAAAGAAUAUGAAAACACAAAACAUAAACUUUUACAUUAUCAAUAUAUUUUUGACUGUGUUGAAUACAAAGCAGAACUUUUUCCUAAUUCUUAUUUUGUACACAAAGAAAGGAAAUUUAAUGUAUUAAAAAAUGCAAUAUGUUGUAUUUCAAAAUGUUUGAAAAAAGAUAGUCAACUAAUUGUAAAUAAACUUAAGGCCUUGGGAAGUUUAAUACGAGACAGUGAUAGCUUAGCCUGUACACACCUCAUUAUAAAAGAUAAAAAUGAAUUUAAACUUAGUUCUCUUAAACCUUAUAAAAUUGUAACUGUUGAUUGGAUAGACCAAUGCUUGUACACACUUAAACACGUUAGAGAAGAAAAAUAUUUAGUAAAAGAGUCAAAUUUAAGCCUGUUUUCACAACCAAAUAAUAAAAUAUCGACAAAGCGUGUCAGAACAUCAGUUAUAAAAGAUAUAAUAUUUCAAUUUACCGGAUUACCUUCAUUUUUAAAAAAUAGAGCUAUAGAAAUGCUAAAAAAAUAUGAUAUAAAAUAUAUUGUUAGUGAUAAAUAUGAAAAUUGCACACAUCUAAUAAUGGGAAAUCUUAGUACAUCAGAAAAGUUUUUAUCUGCUCUUUGUAACGGUGCCUGGAUACUCACUCCGGAAAUUAUUGAUGUUUUUGAUAACUCAUUGCAUUUUAAUUACGAAAAAUAUGAAUGGAAAGUUGAUGAAAAUACAAAUGAAAAAGAUAUAAAAAUAAUUAACUCAAUAAAAAAAUGGCGCGAGCGUGUUUUAAAAACAGGAUAUCCUGCUUUUUACAAAUGGAGAGUAAAACUUUACGCACCUGAAUCCAAAAUAAAAAAUUUUUCACGGGUGAUUGAGAAUGGAGGAGGUACAAUUGUUAAAAAUGAUAAUUUUACACAUUGUUUUGUAGCAAAAAAUUAUGAAAAAAAUAUAAAAGAGAAAAAGUUUUACAGCACUGAUUAUAUUUUUUCAUAUUUGUUUAGAGAAUAA